UAUUAUACAGUGUAACUCCUGCAGACUGACGCUUCAUCGUUGAUUCUACAUUUUUGAAGUGAAUUAAAAACAAGCGACCGUUUCAAAACUCCCGUGAGGAUAACUAUUGUUAAUGUGAGUAUGGAAACCUUUUUGAAUACAUUUAUGUUGUGUUUGCGAGCAACCGCUAAGGAGUAUUUAUAAUAUUUUUCUAUUUAAUGUUUUUUCUUUGCCAAAAUUGGUAAAUUAACCCUUUCUUAUUCAGCCGUUUCUCUAUCAACUGAAUAUAUAUAAAGCAAGGGAUAAAUAUUGUUAUAAAGAGGGUUUUCCGACUCUUUAGAGCUAAAAUCACCUGCUCCUUAGCCGGCUUUGCCGACAUCUCAGAACAAACUGUUGAUUAAAAGUUCAGCCCAGGAUGAAGAGAGUUAUAAUUGGAAUUGUGCUCAUUGUGUAAUUAUUAGAUUAAGUAUUAAUAACAAAAUUAAACUUUUCUCCUGAGAGAUAUUCAUUUUUAGAACAGCACUGCCUUUUUUUCCGUAAAAUUUUUUUGUUAAUAAGUCUUUUUAGUAAUAAUACUACUUCCUCCGGUUUUGAAUUUGUUUUAAUCACAACUCGAUCAGGCAUCGAAAAUGUAAAUCUACUAAAACUAGCAACUUGAUUGAAAGCGUUCUAAAGGUACGGAUUGCCCCAAGUCAUUCUUUUCACACGUCUUUUUAUAUCCCUUCUGUAUUUCAAAAGUCGACUGAUUUAUUUAAUAUUACCAUAAUUUAUCAUUACUUGGAGAGUCAAUAUUGGAAAUGACAAACAGUCAUCAAAACUUAUCAUGCUUCGGUAAUAAGGAUAUCCAAACGGUUUUAUAGAAGACGCGUUCUCCACUUGUUUUCCGUUAUUAAAGUUUUAACCUGUCAGGUGUCAGCAAGAUACACGGAGAUAAGAAAAUUAAAGGAAAGCAAUUUGCUUUUUGAGUAGCUAACGUCACUACCGUAUUAAAUUAGACUCAUCAAAAAUAAAUGAAACUUAAAGGAAGAAAAUCCUCUUCGCUCAUUCCAGGUACUUUCUCUAGUCAAAAACAAUGGAAGUUUUGAAAAUAAGGGUGGGAGCUGUUCUCAGUAGGAUAAUUUGUGGUGAGUAUCAUUAAUGAUUUUAGUUCAUGUUCUUUUUGCUAUAAAACGUAGUUGAAAUACCACAACUUUCUCUUCUUAGUAUUAUUUGUGCGACGAGGUAUAACUUAUGAAGAUUGAUCUUGAAAAGAAUAACUUGCAGACAGAAAUAGGUAGUUCUUAUGGUAGUAUUUCACUGUGAUAAAUGGUAUUUUAACAAGACCGCAAUUCUUUAACGAUAUCCAAGCAUAACAGAAAACCAGUCCGUCUACUCAAAAUGACCACAAGGGCUUAUUCAAUGCAAAUGUGGCUCCUUCAAAUAUUGAAGAAGCUAGAAAAAUUAUCAUAAAGGUCUCAGCGAAUUUUGUAAACGACGGAUGGUGGUCUGCAAAUGCUGUUUCACUGAGUUGCUAAGAAUUUCAAAAAACGAUAACAAAAUAUAUAUUUUUUAAUAUUCUACUUUUUAUCUUAUUUGUGUCUGUCCAAUGAGGAGAAUAUAAAUUUGGUUAAUGAUAUAUUCUUUAAUUUCUGUUGCCUUCCUCGUUUUCAUGUAAUACACUAAUAAGAUGUUCAGCAGGCGUCUUUAGUCUCAUUAGUCAUACUCAGUAUUAAAACUUAACUUGACAUAUGGUUCUAUCCCUUUUUUAAAAGAGGAGACAUGCGACGUAAUCCUACAAAGUUGUUUUAAUAUAUUUUUUGCCUUACUCUCUAGUCCUCUGUGUCUCCAAUGUAGCAACAAAUGGUAAGUUGUACUCUCUGUCGUAAAAGUGCUGCUUAGCGGAAAUAUAUCUUUUUCAGUAGAGGUGACAUAAUUAUCUCAUGGAUCACAAAUUUGAAAUUCUGCGCGGGUCAGAAAAAAUAAUAAGGUCAUAAAAUCUUAUUUCUCAAAAUUUUGUCUAGUUGUCAAAAUAAUUUUAUCUUUCACUAUAAAUUUUUCUCCACUUGUUACGUGUUCAAUUAAAACAAUCCAAAAACUGGUUGAUUGCAUGAUGUACAUUUAGAUCAACCCCACUUUAAUUUCUAGCAGUCUUCCCCCUCUGGACAGGUAUAAGGGUGUACAAAUUUUAAACGUUUUAAAGUAUAAAAAUCUAUCAACUUAAUCCUUUAAUUUCUAUUUAGCUUUCCUUUUAGAAUUAAGUCUUCCCCUUUUCGGGUCAGUCCUCAUGCGUCUAACUAUACUGUAUAGCGGCCUCAUAAAAGUCUGAGUAAUUAGCAAAAGAUAAAGAUACAAAGACAGCAAAUGUCUAUUUUUAUACAGGAAAAUCGUGCUUUCUUUCCUAUGAGGCCAUGCAAGGGCGAGAGCUUAAAGGAGAAAACUGUGCACAGUUUGUUAAUGGAACCCAACAACAUUAUGAUUUCACAAUACAAUGCCUUUGCAUAAUAAGGAAGUGCUUCAAGGAACUGUGCAACCAUCUUGCUACGUGCUUCAAUGAAACUGAAAGAUGGCGAUAUGCUUGUUAUAAGGGGUUACUGAGGGGGCAACUCCAUAUCUCUACUUCUGUAAAAGGUGGUGAUGCAUCUUUUGUGAGGAGUAUCCACAUGAAAUACAUUAAAUGUUUAAAAAGAAUAUCCAUAAAGACAACCAAAUAUUUCUGCGGAGAAACCAAGGCAUUAACUGGUAAGUAGACUUUUAGGAAGUUCAUCUAAACAUAAAUUAGUAUGGUUUAUGGGCCCAUCAUCGUAUCUUUCGAGGCCGUUGCUAGGGAAAAGUUGUCAACCUAUAACUUAACAUAAUACGGCUAAUUUGAAAUGGGGAAAGAUUGUAUGGCCAAGUGUGGUUAGCGAGUCGAACUGUGAAUCCGAAAGAUCGGGUUUGGGCCCUUCUCUCACCACUCGUAGGAUUUGCAUUGCUUCUCGGUAGUCUAGCCAACUGGUUUAUUUACUUAUUCACUACUUUAAAAUGAAGCACUUAUAUUUUCAUCUUACUCAUCCCGAGUUAAACGGGUUAUGUCACGAGGAUAUUGCUGUUUUAGGUAAAUUCUUUGUUUAAGUCGUUACCCAUACACAAAAUGCUCUUGUCGAUAUGAAACAAAUUUCAGCAGGGAACAAUAAUCUUAAUAUUUUUUUGGGUGAUUUUUGCAUAUGCAGCAUUGAAACAUGAAAAAGUUGGCUAAGUUUCUAUCCAUUUCUAUCCUUGCCAUCCGUUGCAACAGACGAUCGCGACGGGAUACCUUUUCAAAGCCAAAAUAUGGUCUUCAAUAACAAAACUGGACUAUAAUUGUUGAAAUCAGCUGAUGUCAAGACAAGUUAUUAUCACUGUAAAUUCAUUGCUGCUGUCGGUCAGGGCGAAAUGAAGUUCCUGUUGGAUGGAACCUCACGUGCGUUCAGAAAGAUUAGUAGUGUGAUGAAAAAGUGUCUUGCCUUGAUUGGAAACAAUAAAAAAUAGUAACCAAAACUCGAGAGCAGUGAUAAUUUUUUUGUUGCAUUUUUUAAUUCUUCUUUCCAUAAUCUUGAGGAGCCAUUAUGUUAACCUUGUUUCUGAUAUUUUCGUUGUAGUGGAAUCACCAUGCGCAAAAAAUAGGAGUGGUAUCAACUCAACCUGUGAUAAACUGGUUCAGGGAACAAACGGACGUUGGUUAAGACCUUUGACUAAAUCAGAAUUUUGCUCUUUAUUUGCAUCCUGUUUUCACUUAGAAACACUUCGAAAAAGGUGCGAAAGUACCUUUACGUUGUACUAUAACUAUUUCCAACAUCAUGUGUUCCCACUUGAGAAUGGAACUACUCAUUUUCAAAUUACCUAUGAGAAGCAAUGCGAUAUUAAGCCAAGCAUUUUCUUUACCAAUGUCAUUCGGUGCAACACCAUUGCUAAAAGCAGUGAAAGCGGUAAGUAAUUAUUUUUAACAAAUAAAUUAAAAUGUCAGCGUAUUUAAUGCACAGCACUAAUUGAGGAGAAUAUUUUACGGUACGUUAACCAAGCGCGCCGCCCCUGUGUAGCCAACUGCAAAAUGGAGGCAGUACAGCGGAAGGACUAACUGACAGGAGGUAGCGCACUUGACCGCAGAGCGGUAGGUCGCGGGUGAAGUCCUUGGGGUCGGAUCAAUAAUCAGAGUCAUAAUAUUAACUGAAGAUAACUGAGAAUUGAAGGUACUUUGAUUGCCCUGCAAACGGUGGGCGUUCUUGUGGGUCGGAUGGCCACGUAAAAUGGUGGUCCCGUUCCCGUCUCCAGUAGGAGACCUAAAACUAUUGUUUUCAUUUAGUACUUUUAUGCUAAAUUAUUAACAUUCAAGUAGUAAAGCACAUUUUUCACCUUCUUAGUUUCUUUAAGACUCUACGUAGGCAUUGUUGCAGCCCUGGAUCAAAAGGCUACGAUCUUCCUCUCUGCAGACAAGAUAACUGCCAACCGAGAUAAAGAUACAUUAGGGUGUACUCCUAUAUGGACUUCAGAUUAGAUGAAGCCAGGAAUCAUCAUCAACUGAAGAUAAGCUUUGAGACAAAUUGUAGGAACUAAAAUUUCGGCAAAAUUAACCUCAAACCCUGGGUUAACCCUUAGUCAAUGUCAAUUACUUCAAAGAAAGAAAAAACAUUUAUAGGAUAAUCCAUUUUUUUCGUAGAGGUCCAAUCAGAGUACACCGAUGACGACGAAGAAAAUGAUGAAGACUUGAACAAAGAGGUAGAUAAACAUGUUUGAAAUGAGGUUUACAUCCGAUUCAUUCGUAUGUGUCAUAACAAAGGAUGUAAUUAAUCUAUUCUUAAAAUGAAAACUUCGGAAAUGCAAAUUUAAAUGAAGAUACGAUUGUCGCAGUGGUAAUAGCAAUUUAAGCAAUCGCAAAUUAACCAGAAAAAAAAUGGGGACUCCAACGAGAUUCGAACCCAUGACCUCUGCUUUAACGCUGAAGUACUCUAUUAACUAACCUGCUUCCACAAACGGCCGCGACCACUUUUUAAACUUUUGUUUUCCGUUUUCCGUGAGCGACCACCCGGAAUUAUCACGAAUGGUUGAAAGAAAACCAUUGCUCGAAUGUUUCUGAAGCUCCCGUAAGCGACCACCCUGUAUUGUUUUACCACGCGUUCGCUUACGAGAGCUCAUUCCAGUAAGCGACCAGCUCUAGUUACGACCACUUUUUUCAAUUUCCGAGGUGGUCACUUACGAGAGCUUUGAUUGUCUUCAUUUCUCAUUUGUGAAUAGCAAUUUUUGGAUUUCUCUUAAAUUUUAACUGUAAAUAUUCGUUUAACGACGUACAAUCGAACCUCCAUUUGCGACCACCUCUCAUAAGCGACCACCAAAUUUUUUUUAGACAAAACCUUGUACUUGGAACCUUCAUUAAAUCUUUGUAUGUUGUUUUUACUUAAAAAGACCAGUCAUCAAGCUGUCAAGUUUCUUGCACGACAAUUUUAACGAUUUUAUUCUUAUAAAUGUUGAAUCAUUGUCUGAUGAGUUUUUUCUUCGAUUUCUCCUCAUUCAAAGGCAAGCACACGAGAAUUGUGACGGCCUGAAUUUUAAUGAAGUAGGCAAAAGUCGUUCAGUCACAUGAACAGUUUAUGGCAGCACAGGGAAGAAAGUGAAUUGCCAAACUUUUUAUCAUCUUUUUCACAACUGAAGAAAUCGCUUUAACUGCUCAUGUAAGAAUUAUAAUGAUAGCUUGCUUCUCAUCAGAGAUAUUGGGGAAUAAAAUACCUUAACGUAACGACUUUCUCAAAACUAGGAAAUGAUGGCCCAGUUUGAGAGGGGCUUAGAGGGAGACAUCGAAUCGACGACUGGAAAUAAGUUAUGGUGCUUUAAGUCUUGUAGACCCAGAUUAUUUGUCAGUGGAUUUAAGUUCCAAGUGGAGUUUCUGUUUGUUGCAGUGGCAUCUUAAAGUUGGCUAAUUAAUUAAUGUGCUUAAAACGGCAAAAUGGCAAUUUUUACAAAGGGGGCAUGUAUCUCGCGGGGAAUUAAACAUUUUUACCUGAUAUGUUGUUACAUAAGUCAACUUACAGUACCUAACACUUGUGCCAGGUUUAAGCGAAAUCUGUGAUUUGAGCAUUAUCACCCCUGUCUGGUUCUACCUGGUUUUCUCAUGGACAGACUCUUAAAUUGCAAUUACCACUGCUCGAUAUUUGAGCACAAAACUGCAAAUUUUCGAGACUAACCAAUUUCCUGGUAAGCCAUCUCACAUCCCUGAAGGGGCGUUAAUGAAUAUGAUGAUGAUGAUGAUGAUGAUGAUGAUCUUUCCCUUGCUAUUUUAUAGAUGUUAAAAGCCCUUUGCGCACGGGACGUCAAAAAUAAAACCGCUCUGGAGGUAAAAUACUAUGUUGACUUUGGUCUCAUUUAAUUUAACAUGAAAGCACGGGAUUUAUAUCAAAAGCAACCAACUGUCAAAAGUAAUCUUUGGACCACUUUAGUUAAGUAAAACUACGCUUCUGUAAAAGCUUUGCGCCCAGGGAUAUAGAACCGAAUGAAUCAUAUUUGCUUGAACCAAGCUUUUGUCGGUCUCGUGUGUUUGCUAAGAUAAAGGAUUGUUCAUGAUCUACGCUUUUCAGGAUUGUCAUAAGUGAUGCAUUUUGGUUUGAUUUUAUCAACAGAAGUUCGCAAUGAUAGGUGACAGUGGCUACGAUCGGAAUUCUUGCAUUUCAUGAUUUGACCAGCUCACAAACAAUGUGUUUUGCUUUAUAUUUGCUGGUUACUAACUUACUAGAUAUUAGUGAACAUUAAAUGUGGUUCCCAUACCAAUAUGUUUUAGCCCUUAGACCUACAGGGAGGAGCGAGUGGGUUAGGGUCGUCUCAGACUUUUUCCAUGCGAGUUUGAACCAGAACUUCUUAGCAGCACAAGAUGGCGGUCAUUUUGAGUGGCAUCACAGGUCCCAUGGAACACCACAGAGCAUAUUCACAUGACUUCACAGCGGCCAUAUUGGUGUUCCAAACAAACUCUGCAGAAGUUGGACUCUUUCCUUAUGUAAAAAAUUUCUUUUGUUCCCAUAAAUUUGCAUAGACACUGGCCACGAGAGUGAAUACGCUCUAUACAAAAGAUGACAUCCUUGUGGAGCUGGACACGGAUAUAAUGAUUGCAUUUUUAUCCUCUCCUUGGUAAUUGCGGGGAGGGGGGAGGGGUUGAGACUACGCUCAGGUGCUAGUACAAGUAGCAACUUUAGUCUGAACUUCAGUUCACAUAUUUUGUUGUGUUUCUUUCGCUCAAAGAAAACACAAACAACAAGACCUGAACAAAACAAACAAAAUAUAUGUUGUAGUUUGUUUGAAUCCUUAGCGCAAGUUUAUAUUCCACAUAACCAUUCAAAAAAAAAAAAACACCUGAUAAGAAAAAAAUUGAACCAAGGUUUGAAUUGACUAUCAUCAUUUACUUGGUUAUAGUAUGCUACAAAAGACCUUGAAAGUAUAAUCAAGAAGGGCGAAAAUCGCACAAAAAGUUCUGAUGGAAGACGGAAUAAAAGUAGGGUGAAAACUAUUCAAGAAGUAUUCCUGGCAACUGUGGCUUUUGAGGCAUUUGCAAUAUCAUUUGCUCAGCAUCAUCUCAACCGAACAGCUUUCUUUUUAAACCUGACAAGUGACCAUGUUGGUAAGUCUACAAAUCAUUUGCAUUUCUAUUAUUGACAAAAGUAAGCUUGCCUGUAGUACUUCUGUUUGUUUUUAAAAUUCGCUGGGGAAAACACUGUAUGAAAAGUGUUGCAUUCGGUGCUAAUCUGAUCACGUAAUUAUACACUUCUAAGCAUAUGAAUACUUGAUCAGGAAACAGCACCGAUGAGUUAUUUUAAUUACUUGAUCAGAUUGGCGUCGAAUGCAACAUUUUUCAUAUUAGCAUGCGCGUAAUUGAUGAUUGCGGUGGGCAAUUUUGUAAACUUGAGAGGAGGUACAUUAUGGACUAUAUUAGGUCGGUCCCCGUUUGUGUACCCCUAGGAUACUCAACAGGAAAAAUUAGGUCCUCAGAGCACCUUAGUUUGGCUAAAAGCACCUUUAAGGUCCGGGUGUCAGAUUCGGAGAUGGUGCAGAAGACAAACCAAACGAAAGCUGCUCAAAUCAUCAACAUGCAACAUCGAGGAAGAGAUACUUAGAGCAUCGUUAUAUCUACACAGCCAAACGGUAGUAACAGUAACAAAACCAAACUUAAAUAAAGAUGUUGAUUAGUCAGGGGCACCCAACGACGGUUUCCUCCUAAAUGCAUUGAAAACACUGUUUAAGCUAUCCAGAGUACUUUUAGAUCUUUAGAAAUACAUUAUAGUCGGCGCCUAAAAAUUUAUAUCUGUUCGGUCAUCCUAGGGCACUUAGUUUUUUUUUCGAAAUUACCAGGGCUUCUAAACAGUAUUAUUUCCCCGAAAAUUUUAGGUUUCCUUUUUCUGCAAAAAAUAGCAUAACCUGGGGGAGUGAAAUGCGAAACUAUACAAUUGUACAUGAAUGGAACGGUCAUCUAGAAAAUUCUUAGCCUACCUCAAGGUAUAGAAAAUUCUAAGCAAUUUUUGCUUCUGCGGACAGGUAUGUUACAGAACAAUUUCGUUGGGUACCCUUGAUUAGUUAUCCCCCAAUUCGUUCGUCCAAUCAGGGGGCGGUUCAGGGAGACUCGAAUUUUUAUUGUGGUGCACUCUAAACGGAAAUUUUUGUCCAAAAAUGUCUUCAGUUUGAUUCCAAAGAAGAUGCCUUGAGGACGCCGUUUUUGCAUUAAAAAUUAUUUAAAAAAAUGAUCGGCUACAGUCUCUUAAUGCUUGUCGUAGAUUUCAGUAAUCCCCUGUUGACAUCCACUGUUCUUGAAUUAAACUAAAAGCCGAAUCAGCGUUCUAAAGUCGACGUUUUAAGAGAAAUUCCUUUACAGAACUACAGAUCAGGAAACGCUUCUACGACAAUGAAAGCGACUUUUAUUUCGAAGAGUCUCAAGGGCGGAGCUACAUAAAGAUUCCUUCAGAAGUAUCUGCAAAUGGUAAGAAAGUUUAAACAUAAAUCACAAGAGAGUCUCUCAGUAGUGAUGCUCUGGAAUUCUCGGGGUGGUUAAAUAAAAUCCUUUAACUUAAUUGAAAUUAGUCACAAAGCGUAAAGAAAUAGAACUUACGAGCGCCAUUUUGAAUGAAUUAUUUUAUCCACUAUUAUUGUACACCCAGGGAGUGAAAAGGCGCACGUAAAUAUUAAAUUUAUUUAAGUUUCUCAAAUGUGCGCCAUUCUCGUUCAAUUCAAGUAAAGUUUGGUACGACAGGAUUCUGAUGAGGAAGUGCAAUAUUUGUGUUGAUUUGAGUAAUAAGAGUUGAAUUUAGGUCAUUCUUUGGAGAGACCCACACGGUCACACACGGUCACACGCGGUCGUUAUCGAACACAAAUGGUCGGAAUGGAUUACCGUUGCUGCAACCUAUCUCAAGUCCAUUGCGUUCUAUUGAGAUAAGGUCCAUCAUGCUUUACUGUUAGCGUCAUAAUUUUGUGAGUGGAAAUAUUACUUCAACAAAAGAAAACAAAUAUUAAAAAACAUGAAAAUGAAGGGUAACUUUGAGACGAUGGGUCUACCUUGCUUACUAUUUGCGUAGUAGUUAAGUGUUUACUGGUCGGUCAUUCAGUAAUACGUUUGUUUCGUAUCGUUUAGGCUCAGUGCUGCUAGGAGUUGUGUACAAAUAUAUCCACAAACUCUUUCCCACAAAUAAACUCAAGGCGAACACAGCUUAUGAGCAAAGGUUAGCCAGGCAUUCAUACCAAUUAUUUAUAUUUGUUUACUUUAUUUCGUUGAUUUUUUUGUUAAACUAGCUUUAGUUAUUUGGCGUAAUGCCUUUACACUGACUAUUAUCAAGCCUUUCCUUUAUAUUGAUCAUAACUACCAUUACCAUCAUCAUCAUCAUCAUCAUCAUCAUCAUCACCAACAUCAGCAUCAUCAUCAUCAUCAUCAUCAUCAACAACAUCAGCAUCAGCAUCAGCAUCAGCAUCAGCAUCAGCAUCAACAUUAUCAUCAUUGUUAUCAUUAUCACAUAGCGUUUACAGAUGUUAAGAACCUCGAGAACUGGGCAGCCAACAAUAGGAUGUCUUUGAUUUUAUCAUAAACAUGAGAAAUGCUGUUGCAUCGCAGAACUUCUAAGCCUGCUCCUCCUCCAGUUCCUGGGAUUGAGGGGAAAGAUUGUGUGAAAUUCUUGGGAAUUACUUUCCACAAAUAUCUUUGUAAUUGGGAUGUUCAUAUUGACAGCUUCCUCUCUGGAGCUGUUAGCCGUCCGUAUAUUCUUAGAGUAUGCAAGUAUUAUGGGUACACUAAAGACCAGCUCGGUGCACUCUUCCAGUCCUUGAUAAUUGGAUUUUUUCAGAAUGGAUCAGAAGUGUGGGCCUCUGCCUGUCAAUCAGAUCUAAAAUUUUGCUUUGGGACCUUCAUAAGACGUGCCUAUCGUUUUAGCUGUACAAAUAGGAUCUUUUUUAUGUCUGAUGUGAUGUGAUAAAGAAUAGGGACAGUGAUCUGUUCAACAGAAUCGCUAGUUACAAAGGUCAUGUAUUGUAUGACUUGUUUCGACCUAAACGCAAUAGGGCCCUCAGAGAUAGGGGACACGACUUCAUACUUCCUAGAGUGAAAACCGAACUGUUUAAGCGGGCUUUUGUAAAUAGAUGUCUUUUUAGAAAUAUAUAUAUUUUUUCCUUGAUUUCCUUGUGUAACCUAAUUUUUGUUAUUUUGUAAAAAACAUAUCUAUUACUGAUUCAAAAGGCACACGUAUGUUGUGUCUGAUGUUUUAAUAAAGACUUCUUGUUUUUGUUGUUCUACUACUACUUCUACCACUACUACUUCUACUACUACUACUACUACUACUACUACUACUACUACUACUACUACUGCUACUACUACUACUACUACUACUAAAUGCGCUUUCUUUGUAUUGUGACAAAUGGAAGCUAAAAAUUAAUCCCAAGAAAACAAAAAUUAUGAUAUUCCAGAAACGCCCCAAAAAAUCUAUUGACAUCAAAUUCAACAUAGGCAGUGAGUCAAUUGAAAUUGUCCAAGAAUACACUUAUUUAGGUACACGUUUAACUCCAACGGGAAACUUUACACUUGCACUCGAACACUUAAAAGAAAAGGCCCUUCACGCGUUUUCUAGUAUUCGGAAGCGGACAAUUCUUAACAAACUUAAUCCUAAUACUGCAUCCCAAAUUUUUGACACCAUGGUAUUCCCAAUCUUGAGUUACAACAGCGAGGUAUGGGGAAUGUACACCAAGCAAGAUUUUAAAAAAUGGGAUAGCUCCCCAAUAGAAAAAAUCCACCUCAAAUUCUGUAAACGUUACUUAGAGGUUAACAAUAAGGCCUCUAACAUAGCCUGCAGAGCUGAACUUGAUAGACUGCCGCUGCUUAUCCCGAUAAAUCAGAAAAGUAUGAAAUAUUUUGUUUACCUCAACAACAAAGAUAAUGACUCUAUAGUCAAACAGUCUUUCCUUAGGUCAAAGAAUCUACAUUCUAUGAAUAAUUCCGGACAUUUUUCCAAUUUCAUAAACAUGCUUGAACAAUACAAUCUAACCAGUUUAGAUGCUGAAUCUCUAGAUAAUGAUAAAAUUAGACGAUAUACCACAGAAAUGAGAGAGAAAUAACUAUCUUUUUGGCGGCACAGCCUCGAAAAUUCAAAAAAACUAGAAUUUUAUAAAACUUUUAAAGAUGAAUAUUCUACAUCUGAUUAUCUCUACCAGCUAAGACAUUAUGACGAACGACAGAAUUUUGUUAAAUUUAAAAUAAGUAAUCACAAACUUAUGAUUGAACGUGGUCGAUACCGAAUCGAUCAUUUGCCAAGAGAAAAUAGAUUAUGUCCUUUAUGUAACUCAAAUCAGGUAGAAGAUGAGAUUCAUUUCCUCUUUCAAUGUAACAAAUACUCAGUACAGAGACAGGCAUUUAUUAAUCAAAUCAAUCGAAUAAUACCUGACUUUGACAAGAAAUCAUCUCCGGAAAGCAUACAACUGAUAAUGAAUUCGAAGGAACAUCAUGUAGAUAAGUUAGUUAUGAAGUUUGUCUCCUCCUGCAUGAAAAUACGUGAUUCAUUGUUAGAAAUGUAACCGAAUUUUUCUAGAUUGUUAUUAGUGCUGUUUUGUUUUUUAUUUUGAUUGUCAUAUACAUGCUUUUGCAAUACUGUAAAGUGAUGCGGUCAUGCAAAUAAAGCAAUUUAUUACUAUUAUUACUAUUACUAUUACUACUGCUACUACUACUACUACUACUACUACUACUACUACUACUACUACUACUACUACUACUACUACUACUACUACUACUACUACUACUACUUUUCAUCACAGUUCACAAAAAUGCGAGUCAGUUUUGCAUGUGAUCUUAUCUUUAGAACAAUGGACAAAUUCUUCCAUACUUGAAGAAAGUAAUUUACGUCGGGUGAAAUUUGUGAAUAAAGUUUUGGUUACACAGGUUUUAUUUUUUUUGUCUCGAAGAUGUUUACAUCAUUUUCAUUCAGCAAAUGCGAGACAAAAACUCGCAUAAACAAAGGUUACACAAGUAGAAAGGCACACUAAUCAGUUCGAACAAACAUUGAAACUUUUCAAGUGCGAAGAGAAAGUAAAUUACCAGCAUGAUGUCUCUUCUUCUCUGCCGUCAAUCUGAAUUCUGCGUAUAAACAGCUAAGUUAAAUAUGAGCUUAGCUAGAUAAAAAUGUAGUCACAACAGUGGAUUAAAAGAUUACAUCUGAGCAGAAAUUAGGCACAACUUACAUAUUUCGCUUCCCUCUCACUAAAAGCAGGUGAAUUGAAAACUUUUUUACGAAAAGACGAGAUUCUUGAAUUACCGAGACGGCAAAAUACGAGCAAAAUGUUCUCCGUAGUCCCGACUACGCGAAACAGCUCAACAACGUCAUCAACAGCUGAAACAUUAGCAUCAAUAUCAUUAUCAUCAUCAUUAUCUAUUUCGUUUAUUAUUUUUUUUUUGCCAAACCGUAACUGGUCUCAAGUACCUGUGCAUAGCCUGGAGUCGUGGUAAAAUCACCAUUGUUGUUUGUGUAUCAAGAAAAUUCCCAAGCUUUUGUCAGUCGAAAUGGUAUUUAAUCUAUCCAAAACGUAAUAGAUGUCCGCUAUUUAACCAAACCCAUACAGUGACUCUCUGUUACAUCUCUUUUUUAUUGUUUUUUUUUUCCAGAAGACUGAACACCAUCAUAAUGUCAGGAACAAUUGAUCCGCAGCCUGAUUAUUUGCAGAAAAAUGUGACUUUGGCGUUCUCAAACUUAAAGGUGACCUUUAAGCCCAUUUUUCUCUUUUUCACGACACUGCAAAACCAUUGGUUAACUCUUUAGUACUUGAUAUUUUGUGUCAUCACGCUGGUGUAGCCGUGGGUAUUAUUUACACUCUUUUCCAUCUUCCUUAUCCGAAGUUCCCUGUUUAAACUCUCAACAAUUAAUAGUCUUGCAGCAAUGUAGUAUAAUCCUUCCUUUAUUUGGCUUAAUUGACAACCGUUUUCCAUGGUCUGUACUCUUACUGGCCGUAGAAAUGACGUCAUGAUGUUCAAAUCAAUGAAAGUUUUGAAUAUUUUGUCGUAAUUUCUAUAGGCGAUAAGAGCACAAACCAUGGAAAAUUGUUAUCCACUUUUGUUUUCACUAUAACAUUGACAGUUUUGACGUCCAUUUCCGUUGAAGUGUCUCGCGCGCGCUCUAUAAAGAGAAGAACAAAUUGCGCCACCAUCACGUCAUUUCCAUAGGCUGUACUCUUACCGAAUAUAGCUCUCGAGAAACAAGCGCAAGAAUUUCGCUCAGUUAUGGUAGAAAUAAUUAUUUUAAGUGUUAGAGAAUGCAUGAGAUCUUUCUAUAUCUUUUUAGGAGGUUACUGGGAAAAGAGAAUGUGCCUUUUGGAACUUAAACCUGAAUUAUAGGUAUGUAUGACCAGAGUCACAUGCUCGAAUUCAAAGUCUUAACUGUGGAAGACUUCAACAUCCGGCAGUCAAUACACCCUUCUUUCAUUCAGUUCAGUCUAAAACUUCCGAGUCAGUUUUGUAAACUGUAAACUUGCCUUAGUUAGCUUUAGUCGUAAUUUCAUAUUUUGCACGCAUUAUCCCGCCUCUAAUAGCCUUGGUAGCUGCGGGAAAUGUUUUUGUUAUAUUAUCUGUUUAUUAAAAUGAAGUUUAUUGUUGUUGUUGUUAUUUUUCUUUUCCCUACCCAACAAAAUUUCUAAGAUGUUAAGAGUAUGACAGUAUAAAAAUGAACUUUGGGAGUAAUUGUCGGUGCUGAGGUAGUUAACGAGCUUUGAUGUUUUCAAAUAAUGUGCACAUUAGGUCAGUGGCAGCACCUUAUGUCAUAUGUUUUUUUUUAUCGCCAUGAUGUCAGUUAAGAUACAUAAAUAAUCUUAAUUUGUGGAAAGUAACAAAAAAGAGUUAAAGUUCUUUACUGAUUCAAUUAAAUCUUUUUAGACAUUACUACCAACCAGUGGUUGACGUAGAAACGUAUGUGAGUCGUAGAGAAAACUCUUUCACUUACAGGUUUCCACGAUUGCAGAAGUUUGGUUUGUAUCCAUUUAAGUCAGAGAGGGGUUUUUCAAUUUGUCUGGCUUCAAUAGAAAGAAAGCGAUCCUCCCUUUGUGUACUGCCUGACAGCUUUGCGUUCUGCCUGUCAAUCCAUUCAUAUUUGUAAGGGUAAAGAAAUUCACCAUUUUCACAUUGACCAUGAUGCACCUUGUUUACCCGACAAAACUUUGCAUAACUAUCGUUUCGAUUUGCCUUGGGACAAGUGUAAUACCCUAGAGAAAAUGGAAACAAUGGUUAUGCAAAAUUCUGGAGGGUAAACAAGGUGUAUUAUGGUCUGUGCAAGUAGUGAAUAAGUCCUUUCAAAAUAAAACAGUUAGAAUUAGGUAGAAAGGAUUUUCAAUAAUAAAGGAAAUGUACUUCUGUUCUGUUUUUUUUUUAGCCCUAUUGGGUGGUCAGGAAGUGGAUGUCAAGUGAAAUGGAUGAGCAAUGACAAAACCGAAUGCAGCUGCAAUCACUUGACUCAUUUUGCGGUUCUGAUGCAGUUUGAUUCGACUUCUGCAGGGAGCAGUAAAAUCAGAAUAACUAAGGUCAGGCAUUCGUAGGAAAAAUUUCUAACAUUGCCUGUUGAGUAAUCUUAACGCUGCUUCACCUUGUCACCUUCACAGUUGUCACGUCAAUUGCACGAAUCAGGAAAUACUGCAUUUGUAAUCCAGUCUUUUUACUACUCUCAACAAAAGUCGUUCCUCAGUAACAUUGUUUUCAUACUUUACUCGCCAAGUCUACCAGCCAUAAUUGCUAUCUGGUUCCAUGUAAGGUAAUCCAAGACAGAUCCUCCUUGUGGGUUCCAGAUUCCAGGGACUGGAUUCCUGAUGCUUUCUCUUUGGAAUCUGGAUUCCAAUUUCCAAUCGUUGGCGGAAUUUCGGAUUCCUUUACCUGAAUUCUGGAUUCUGAAGCCCGGGAUUCCAGAUUCCUCAAGCAAAAUUUCCCGCAUUCCGGAAUCAGGAAUACCUUGCAUCAGUGGGGCGAGGUGUCAUUCUAAUUAUUUGCAUUAAAAGAUCUUCUCUGUUCAUUUAUCCUAUACAGGCAGAUGAAAGGAUACUGAACAUUCUCACUUACGUUGGUCUGACGCUGUCACUCAUUGGAAUAACAUCGACAAUAAUCUGCUACGCUUUUCUUACGUACGUGUUAAUCUUUAAAAUCCCAGUAAAAUCUGUUCAUCUGUUAUACUUCGUCGAUUCAUCAGUUCAUUUUCAUAUUUGUUGAAAUAUUUGUCUUGAACAGGGAGCUUGCAACGCCAUUAUCCCAGAUCAGGAUAAGCCUCGUCACUUGUCUAGGAGCAGGACAAAUUAUCUUUCUUACUGGUAUAAACGCGACCAAAAGCAAGGUAUUGGCCGUAUUCACACUAGAGACGGAUUAUGCCUCUGAGACGGAUUAUCCGUCUGAAACACGGAUAAUCCUCUUUAAAGAAUACAAAAAAUCUGUCAAAUUUGACGGAUAAAUCCCAAGGAUAAAAGUUCCCUGACGGGAUUACGGUUCUUCCAAAAAAUGGGAAUUAAAAAUUGACGGAAAAAAGUUCCAUUUUUCUUACAAAAUUAAGACCGUUCCAUUUUUAGAUAAAGACGUAUUAUCUGUCUGAUGCGAAUUAUCCAACGGAUAACUCUUCUCACGCAGACGGAUAAUCCGUCUCUAGCUAGUAUGAGAACGGCUAUUGUAAGCGCGGAUGGGAAGUGUUUAAUAAGAACUCCAGAAGUUAUGGUGGUCUUUCAAAUUGCCAGGUAUAUUUUUUCGCAUUCUACCUACAGGGAUUCACUACAUUCUUUCAUUCUUACAACUAUUUGUACCCGCUGCCUUAUGUCUUACGGUCACUUCUGUUAUUUUUAAGUCAGCGGUACAGAUCGAGUAAAAUUAUUUUUGCCGUAAAAGAAGCUUUAACCUCGAUUUCAAUCAACCAAGGAAUACAUCUCUUUCGCUAUUCUGGAAAUGCUUGGGUUACUUAAGUACAGUCGAACCCCGCUUCACGGACACCCACUUAAGGUGGCUGAACAAAGUUUUGGCAGUUUGCAAGAGAAAGGUUGCAGCUCACAAGCUGAAACUUGGCAAGUGAAAAAUAUACUGAUGAAAGAUUUAGAGUGACAUGUAAAAUUUGAUGUUUUCGUAGUUUCCAUGGCAACAUGCAUGAACGAUUAAAUACAACCUUAAAAUUUCAGUUUUGCUCAAUUGACAUAAUAUUCGCUGAUUAGAUUUUCCUAUAAACUUGCACAAAGCUUACUAUAAUUAAUCAUUACCAUUUGAAACUUAUUUGAUCAAAUUUUAACAGACGGGUUUUUAGAUAAUCAAUAAUAUAAUUGUACUGUAAUUAUUACAUGUGUUACAAAAUUCGUCUGUUCAACUUCCAUUUUAAAGCUUUCAUUAUUUAGAAUACGGUAAAAGCAAAAAUUCUGCCAAAUAUCAAAAAAAAUUUUUAAUGAGUAGAUUUUGAGAAAUCGUCUUCUGUGUACCAUUUUUUUUCGUCGCCAUUACGGAAAGUUUUCCUUGUCAGUUGCCCUUGCAUUUUCCCUAAAUGUUACCCACUUAAUGCUGACACCCCGUUAAUACGAACGCGGUCUAUUACCCCUCAGUGUCCGUACAGUUAACGGCGUUUGACUGGAUGCCAAGUAAAUAUGAAUAUCUCCAACUUUGUUCCAGGGCGUUUGUGUAGCAGUAGCAGCUAUGAUUCAGUAUUUCAUCAUGGCCGCUUUCUGUUGGAUGCUGAUCGAGGGAGUUUACCUUUACAUGUUUGUUGUUAAAGUUUACAACGUCAGCAGUAAGAUGAAAAUUUGCCAUGGAGUUUCGUGGGGUAGGUUUACUUUAUAGGUUGCAGUUUGGGCGUUUAGUAAUUGAGCAUUUCUAGGUUACGAGUCAAUUCUGUACUAGGAGUCUGCUAUAUAUGACUAAAACCUGGUUCUGAUAUGCCGCCGAGGUACCUGCGACAUAACCGCCAGUACUACCUACAAUACUAUUCCAAAAUAGUAGGAUAUAUCGCCUCCGCUAACAAGAAACAUCGCGGGCCUUUACCGCCGGUACGCCUGCGAAGUCGAACUCUAGUCAACUUCGCAGGCAUGCCGGCUGUAAAGACUGACAUGGCCUCUGUUACCGGCGAUUUCUGAUCUCAUAUCGGAACGGUGUCACGGGCAGUACCGGCAGCUAUAUCGUAGGUAGCUAGGCGGCAUAUAAAAGUUUUCUGAACGCUCUGAGCUGUGUCACACAUGUAUCAAAUUUCAAACAGUGGGAUCUACACCACUAAAUUAAGUGAAAAUAAAAAUAACCACUUAAACGUGAAAGAAAGGUAUAUAUAAAAUGGACAAACUUGAAGUAGAUUGAAACAGAUUGCAAUUGUGGCUUUUAAAAACUUCUUAGCCUAACAGUUUUUCAAAGUUAAUUUUUGUCGUUUGGUUUGAAACAAUGCUUGGGAGAGAUACAUGUCUGACACGAAGGUGGAAUUUUGUCAUUCACGAGUAAUUUCUCAAAGCCUGCGAAUAAGAAUACCUACAAAUUGUAGUUAGCAUCAUUAACAAAAUGAACCAGACAGCCGCAGCACAGUCCCUUUCAAGCUUUAGGCAAAAUAUCAAAUUAUGUUAUGUGAUUUUUUUUUUUGUUGUUUUACUUUAAUGCACAGGUAUCCCUGCUGCAAUGGUCGCGUUAUCGCUGUUUAUUGCAGCCAUAAUGGAUGGGAUCAAAAGUUUUGUUAAUGACGAAUAGUAAGAACUGCAUUUGAUAUGUUGAUCUAUUUAUUCAAUCAAUCAAUCAUUUAUUUAUUUGCAAACUUCGCCAAGAGGCCUAGAACACUGACAGAGCAAGUUCCGCUCCACUCCAUAUUAUAGUUUGAAAUACCGUAUUUCCUCUAAUAAGAGCCUGGGGCGAUAAUUUUCCUUUGCGCACCAAAGGGGGCGAUUACUCGAGGGAGGCGAUUAUUUCAAAUACUGCUUACUGGAAGUCGUCUCUAGUAAAUGUUUUGUUUUAUUAUCUCAUUAAAUCGAAAAGUAGUCUCAUCGAAUUAACUAAACGUUGGCUUUCUUUAAGUGUUCCAAAUUUGGUUCCUUGAUUGAUUUUCAGGGUUAAUUGUCAGUGUCAAUAUAAACGUUUAAAUGAAAGCAUUUGUUAUCCAAACGGGUGUCAAUUUAUAGUUUGACUGGGAGAGGAUAAAAGAAAGAGAACAAAGCAAGAGGGGCGAUUAAUCGGAUUAAUCUAGAGAGGCGGUUAAUCGAGGGAGGGCUAUUAUUGUAGGAAAUACAGUAAUUCAACUUUUCUUUAAAGUACAAAAAAUAUCGACGUCCAUCUUUCAAUAGUCAUUGGACAAAUGAUCAUCAAUUUGGGAUUUAAGCAAAAAGCUGUAAACAAUUUAAUAAUCACUUUAAUCGGAAUCCUAUUUAAAUCGAAUUUAAAUUAACAAACAAACAACACAUUCAGCAAUUUCUCAAUAUUUUUUUAUUUUGUUUCAGUUGCUGGAUGUCUUCUUCUGGUAAUCUGAUCUGGAUAUUCGUGUCAUUUGUUGUAGCAGUGGAAAUAGUAAGUAAAGCUUAUUCUUAUGUAUGGCCCAAAAAUUGAAGACCUCCAUAAAUUGCUGAUUUCAAGGUUGGGCUGUGGCGGGUGUAUCCUUACCUUUACUGGGAUAAUUCUCUCUUGCACCUGCAGUUUCCUAGCUUUAUAUGCUUUAAUUAAAUAAAGGCCUCUCUCGUGCCCAAAUUUACCCCAAAAUGGAUUUGUCAUUUUUUGGUCUCCCGGCGAACUUGGCUUCACACUCAUUUUGUAAAAGGAAGCAUAAAACUUGUUGUAUUCUGGUGUGUGUUUUUCUUAUCUUCACGUUGUUAAGAAAGAAGUGGUUUUUUUUUCAGAUAAACCUUUUUAUCCUGGCGCGCGUUAUCAAGGAAAUGACGACAAUGCAACAAGCAAAAGACAACCAUUCUGAACAAAUAAGGUAAUAAGAAUGUUAUUUUGGCAGGAUUUCGUUUAGGCUAAAUAGAUGUUCCGUUCUGAUAAAAGCAAGUUUGAAUACUGUCUAAUUUUUGUAGGCUUGGCAUUAGAGCAUGCGUGGUUCUUUUGCCCUUACUUGGGGUCACGUGGCUCUUUGGCGCACUUUCUUCAACGCACAAAGCCUUUGUCUACAUUUUCGUCAUCGUCAACUCCACUCAGGUGAAUCAAAAUUUCGAUUAUCAACCGUUUUCUGAUUUGUAUAAACUCCAAUCCCGCUUUACGUUUGUUUUAGUGGUCAGUUUUCUUCGCUUCCGGGGAAAGCCCCUUCAUUUUCUCUAAACUCCUCCCGCUUAUUACCGAGACCAGUCCAAUCGACGGAAUUCUCAAAGACAGUAAAUCUCACUAAUUAGCAAACUUUAUUGUCAACGGUGUUCGGUAAUACCAUUACUUCUUGUGAAAGUAAAAGAGUCUUCGUAUGAUAGUAGUAGACGAGUCAUACGAUCAAGUCAAGACAUAAAUUCUGACUGUGUUGGCAGCAGGUGAGUUGUGCAAAGUACUGUCUUUGAUUAAGAAAUAUAUAAAUUUAAUGAGCAACUUUCGAUUAUUUCCACGGGCAUUAAGUUCGCGGAAAAAUAACUUUGUGUAAGUUAAAGUUGUGUCUUGUUUGAUGAUUGUAAUAUCCCGUUAUAUUUUCCUUUACCUUUGACUUAAGUGACAUGACUGAUAUGGGGACUUUCUGUUGUCGCCUCUGUGUUCGUAUUAAUGGGGUUCGACUAAAUUUGUAAUAAUGACCUUUUUUGACGAGUAAAUAAUCUCUUCUUGUAGACAUAUUAAAUUCCACAAGACCAUUUGAUCGUACCACGUAAAUAAUUAACUCUGCAAGACAUCAACACGACACCGAAAGAACUUUUAGUCAUUGUUUCGCCCUUUUCUGAUGAAAAAUAUCCGGGUUUCUUUCACGCCAUAUCGCGUGUCUUCUUGAUUUUCGCAGGAAAAUUUUUCAUUGGAUCUAUCAAAGGUCUACGGCCCAAAAAUUCAUAAAGUGCAAACAUUAACCACAAAGGACUGCAAAGGACCGCAAACGAAUAUGUCGAAGAACGUAGGAUCUAUAAAGACCUGAUCAACAAAAAUAAUAAUGUAGACAUAUUAAAUUCUGCAAGCAGAAUACGGCAAUGCUGAUCGUACUACGUUCUUCGGCAUAUUCGUUUGAGGUCCUUUGCAGUCCUUUGUGGUUAAUGUUUGCACAAUCUUUUCUUGUUUUUCAGGGUUUCUUUAUCUUUGUUUUUCAUUGUCUUAGAAACAGUGAGGUAUGUACAACUUUUGGAAUCGAACACCCAUGGAGUAUUAAAUAGCACUAAUCCCUAAAGCCUGGUUUUCAGUAGCGCAUAAGCAUAAGCACAAGCAUAAGCACAAGGCCGUGGACCAAUCAUAGGUCAGUUUGACCCAGACCUCAAGCGAACAUAUGAAAAGCAAUAUGGCGCACGCUUCGUCCGCCAUCUUGUUUAUCAUUGGGUUGAGGAGAGCUGGUAUCUACAAGUUUUCCCGCGCAAUAAUCGGGUGCCAUUGCAAGAUAAUGACUAGCAACACGCAAGUGAUCGGAGUAGAAAAACGUUUCAUUAAGAUGUCAGAUACACGCCGCGAAAAAUAAAUAUACUUUUAUUACUAUGUUCUUACGUAUUUUAUAAGCGCGUCCACAAUAUUUGGUAGUAUAUGUCUGUAGGCUAAUUGUUUUAUUGCUCUACAACUGUGAUGGGGAAGAUGACGUAGUAUAGACCUCUUCAGCUUGCGUGUUUUGUUUUCCCAAAACAGGUUAUGUAAUAAUACCCUAGGGGACUGCUUCUUUCAAAUUUCGUCUCAUUCACUUGCACAUGUACGCAUAUGUACGCAUGUGCAACUGUACGACAAAGGGUCAAAUUCCCCUGGGACCUCAAUAGGAAAACAAAACAUACAAGCUAAGGAGGUCUAUUUCCAUGAUAAUCACUUUUUGUCUACAGAUCAGGGAGAGAUUCAAAAAGAGAGUCAGAAUGGUUCAUCCAGUUGCAAGUGAUGGCACCAGCUCUUAUAAAAGGCAGUCGGAGAUUAAAGACAGUAGUGGAGUCAUCUUUCUCAGAAAGAUUGAUUUACUGGCGCCCUAG